AGCGCGGAGCUGCGGGCGGGAGGAGGAGCCGAGCGAGAGCACAGGGCCCCAGAUCAUGCUCUUUCCAAGUUCAGUAUUGAUUUUGUCACAGCUCUACUGAGGCAAGAAAAUGCUAGCAACAUUUGUGUUAUCCAGUUGCCUCCAGAAAUGAGAUACAGUGAUUAUUUUAUAAUUGUGAGUGGUUCCUCUGCAAGACAUCUUCAUGCUAUGGCACACUACACGCUUAAAAUGUACAAGCAGAUGAAACAAGAAAAUAAUCCUCACGUUCUGAUUGAAGGGAAAGAUACAGAUGACUGGAUGUGCAUUGAUUUUGGUAGCAUAGUCAUCCAUUUCAUGCUUCCAGAGACAAGAGAGAUUUAUGAGUUGGAAAAGUUAUGGACUUUGCGUUCUUAUGACGACCAGUUAGCACAGAUGGUUCCAGCAUCAUUACCAGAUGAUUUCAUAUUUGGACUCACUAACAAGCAGCAAUGAUCAAAAUCUUUCCUUCAUAAAAGGGAUUUACAAGUAAUGCUGAUAUAGCACUCACCACUUCAAGAUUAAAAGAAUGAAACAAGCAAUUUCUUGGUUAAUUUUUGAAAGAGGGGACAGAAAAGAGCCACUGUGCUUGAAUGUCCCACCACUGUUGUGCAGUUUGAGGGGCAAGGCUUGCAACAUUAUGGCUGUAGGACAUGGAUUACCUACUUGCAUCUGUCUAGAAUUAUAGGUACAAUGAUUCAAGUUGGCAAUUGACUGAGGAGGUGAUUUCAGCCCCCUUGUUCUUCUAGAAGCACAAGGGAUCUUGUGACUGAAGUAGUCAGCAUCUCAGUUGUAGCUGAAAGUAUACUGAAUUAGAGGGAAGAUUCGCAGCUAUUUUAACUGGAGAAAUGGCAUGAACCUCAAUUAAAAAGUAACUUCAGGUACUCUUCUGGACCCUGAAUCUUCCUGCCAGUGUUUGGUUUUAAUGCAAAAAAUGUUUUUGUCUACUGUCACUGUAUGUGAAAAACUCUAGUAAUCAAGGUGUUACAUAAAAUUACAUUGAUUUGAAAGUUAAUUUACUGUGUCUGACACCAUUUACUGGAAUGGAUAUCUAGUGAGCAGAACUCAACCUCGUUUGAUUUAAGGUUAAAGUACAACCUGAUCAAAGUAGUAUUUAAGAGGGCUUAUUUAUACUGUUGGCAUAGGGCAAGCUAAAGUAUAAAGCUAAAACUGUACUAAUGAGUCAUAUUCAAGGAGUUCCAGCAUGCAUGCUCAUGUACAGGAGACCCUCACAAUUUGCAGAAUUGCUAUUCAAAGUUUACAUGUUCAUUGGGGGGAGAAGGGGAGGUGUCUCCUGUUCAGGGCAGUGGAAGCUGGGGGAACUGCAGUGAGUUUCCUACAGCUGCUGGGAACCAUGGUGAGGUCCCUGCAGCUCUUGAAGCCCAGGGAGCCAUGGUUCCCCAUAUUUGUGAAUGGUGAGGUUUUCCUGUGCUGCUGUUUGAAAUGUUUUUGUGGGUGGCAGGCUGUAGUGCUGUAAACUGAUAACCUGGCUUGCUGUGCAUUAACUCAGCACUACAGGUGGAUGCGCAGAGUGGACAGAGCAAGCUCCUGUUCUGAGCCCCUGCUUCAAAGAUCCAUUUAAUAUAAAGUUCUCAGAGAACAUAUCAGGUAUUAAACUGAUAACCGCUACUACACUUUAGCAUGGCAUGUAGAUGAGCCCUGUAGUAGAUUUUAUGAGAAAGUAAAGAAGGUAGUGAACCUAUAACCAAACAGCUCCUGCCCAAGAACUUGAAAAAACCCCCACAUGCAUUAGGAAGAAGCUUGGAAAACUAUGCUUAAAACUACCCUGGCUUAUGUUGAAGCUUUACCUAGCAGGCAUGGCCAAAUUUAUUCCAAAGGGAUGCCUUGAAGUCAUUAGGUAGGAAAAGGCCACUGAUUUAAGAAAGAAGGGAGGAGAGGAGUGAAGAGGAGAGUGGCCAGUCUUGUUAAACUGGGCUAAAGAGGGCACAUCCAGAAAGAAAAAAUGCUUUUCUCCAAAUCGGCAUUAAAUUAGAUGCUUUGUAAACAAAAGCACUGUGCUCUUGGAGACACACAUUCCACCUAGGGUACAGUCUGCUAUACUAACAAUGAGUUGAGGCUCCUUCAUGUUCAGAAUUGAUAACAUGUUGUGAAGUACUGUAAGUAGUAAUGUGCUUUCUGGGUGCCUCAGUGCUUUUCCUAAUAUCCAGUCCAAAGCGAUUUCAGAUUAUUUUGCCAAUAAAAUCUGCUCUUAAUGUGAAAUAAAAUCAAGUAGAAAUGUAAUCUCUCCACAAAGCAUCCCCAGCUUUACACACAAAAGCACACAAAAGGGUGAGGAAAGAGCCCUACAGCAGAUACUCUAUACAAAAUGACACUGAAAUCUUAAGUAGCCCCAAACAGCAUCACAAAGCCUCUAUUGCAGGCAAACAAGUAGAAAUCACACAAGAUCCAGUUGCAUUCAGAAAUUAUGUAACUGUUGGGCUACGCUGUAGUUGUAAUACCAAUGCAAUUUUGGAAUGUGUUCAGGUACUGUCAUAUACCCUCAAGCUGAUCAUGUGCAUUAGCACCAUGUGUCAUUAUCCUAUGAAUCCUAUUAUUCUAACACCAACAUAGCAGACAAUUCAAACUAAUUGUUGAUUAAAACAAAAGGCCAUGAACCCAGGAGCUAGUGAUUAAUGCUGGUACAACAUGAAGUUUAGCUUGAGAGACUAUCAUAGUAACUCUUAUUAGAAAUGCUAAUAAAGACACCUUUGGCAGAUUUUCUGUAAUGUGAUAAAUAUGCACAAUUCUCUUAAAAGCCAACGAGGCAAGAAAUACUCCAAUUGAUGACAAGAUUGGUACACAAAUUGAGCAGAUGUUACAAUGAAAUAUAUGAGUAGCCAAAUGAAUUGCAGAUUGCUCUUUUGGCAUAUCUCAACUACAUGAUUUUAGAUUUGUCUGUAUCAUUACUUUAACACAUAGGCUUAGAUCCCUUCCAAAAGUCACAAAGCUAAAUUUUUACAUUUGUAAAUCAGUGAAAAGAGUGGACGUGACUAAGUAGUAGUAGCCCACUGAAUGUGUAUUAAACUCUUGAAAGACACUUGUUUUCAUUUUUGUCUUUCCAUUUUAAAUGGUUUGAAAGGCAUAAGAAAGCCUCCCCUAAAGAUAUAUUAAAAAUCAUGUCCUGGCAUUUUUGGUUGUUACAUAUACAGAAAUACUAGUAGGCACUUGGUCUCUGAGGCCAAAGUGCAUCACCCAAGACACAAAAUUCCAUAAUUCAAAUGAAGAAGGCUUUGCUUUGUCAUGGGACCUCAGACAGGAAUUUCAAGGAUUUUUUUAGGAGAGUUAAAAAUUACCAGAAAUGAAAGCUAUGGUAAUGUGAAAGAUACCAGGAAUUAACAUUUUUCUGUGUGUUCCAAUUAGUAUUGGCUGCUAUACGCCAGGGAGAAGUUUGGAAAUUUUUCCUACUCCUAAUAAGAUGUUUGAGGAAAAAUAAUCUUGCUAAACAAUUCUAGCAGUGCGAACACGGACACUGGUUCAAGCAGCUCCCAUUGGCCAUGAACAGCGAUCCACAGCCAAAAGGAGUUGCAAUUGCCCAUACCUGCAGAGACGUGGGUCAACAAAGCAUUUCACAGCCAACUAGCCACUCGUCCUUCAAAGCUUCAACUCAAAAUUUGAAAACCCCUACCUUAAAGAUUUAAUCUGCUGCAGAAUUCCUUAUCUAAUUAUUGACAAAGACAAACUCAGAGCAAACUGAAAUGCCUGUGCAAUUCAUAUCACAUCUUUAAAAACAAAACAAAACAGUUAUAUCUGAUGAUAGGAGUUAAACUCUUUAUUCCAUUCAGAGGCAUCUGGCAAGUGGAGCUGCGUUGGGGGGCACAUUACAGAUGAAAAAUGAUCCAUACUUUGCAGAUAUUGAAAUAAUUUACAGUAUUUACUUUCUAGCUAUUCCCAAAUACUCCAAAUUACCAAGUCUCAAUUGAAAAUAAAAACAUGAUUUACCACACUAAGUAUAGAAAUUUGAGAGAGAUGACAGUAUUUAAAUCAGCAGAUGUAAAUGCAUUGCCUAUUUGUAAAGUAACUUUUAUGGAAAAUUAAAGUCAAAUCUUUCUCGAAUAUUAAGAAAAGACUGUUGGACUUAGACUUAAGCCUCAACAAAAAUUAAAAUGCUAUGACUUUUUUUAUACUUCAGUAACUUUAAAUUCAUUGCAAGAAAAAAUUCUCCUAAAGGCUAGAUGGUCACUGUCAAAAAAGGAAAAAAAAACCCUCAUUUUUCUCUGCUAAAACUACAAAAUAAGUUUGUGGUUUUUAAACCAAUUAGUAAAGAAGAGAUGCAGAAAAACACUUCAGACCAUUUUCAAAAUUAUCUAAUCUGUACAACAAUGAUCUUUGGGAAAAUUAUCUAUUCUAUGUGAAAUGCCUCUAUUUGAAUAUGAAUCUAAGAGGUAGAUCAACAAAAUGAUGAAACAAAUGUUUUUGCUAGUUGUGCCCCUCAAAUCAGUGCAGCAUGGUGAUUCUGAUCAUCUCAUGCACAAAAACAUCACACAAAAAAAGGUUCAGAGGUAAUAGCAUGGCUCUGUAGACCACACACAUACAGGCGCGCACGCGCACACGCACAGCAGUCUUUAUGCACCAUGUGUCGCCACAUCUUUAAAACUGAGGUAGACUGAAGUUUAUUGUAGAAACUUGAAUGUGUAAUAUUACCACAAUCAUUAUUCAAAUUACAUUCUGAAAUUAAAAAAUUUGGUAGCUUUCCUGUUAUCCCUGCCUUUUGACAAUUUUUUUUUCUUCCUUUAAUGGUUGGGUGCAGAAUGUGCAUAAAUCCUGCUGCAUCUACAUAAGCCAGACUAGAGGUUGUUUUAUAUAGUUUAAAACCUUCCAAGUGGCUUAGCGUGGCCCACAAACAGCGGCUGGAUAUGUAAACUUAGCCUUUCGUUAUCUUUAAACAUGAUCAAACAGCAUUUGACCUUCCCCCAUCAUGGUUACUGAAAGCAGGAUGAUGCGAUCUGCAGGAAGCAGAGACCAUACAGCCUCAAACCUACUCCAGCAGAUCAAGUAUUCUAUCAAACUGAAGAUGAAGCUUGCUCUUUGAACAGAAUGGCAAAGUCCAAAUGGGCUGCAAAUGUUUAAAUGUAGCAUUAUUAGGUAGUGAUGGUCAAAGGCACAAAGGGUUCAUGCAUUCAAUCAAAGUAGCACAAAAAGUAAUAAAAAAAUUCAGUCUCCUAAUUUUUUCCUCAACCCCAGCCUCUUGCCAUCACUUCCUUGUUCUGUUCCCAAAAAAGUACCGUCAAACUUUUUCAUCCCAUCUUCAAAGAAAAAUAAACGGCAUUGCUGCUAUCAGAAUGUUGGCAUCCUUCGCUAUCUUUUGAACAUUCACUGAAUUUUUUUUAAACAAAUGAUGGUGAAACCCUCAGAAAAUCUGAGGUUAUCCUCUUUUUUUUUUCCAUCUUACUCCCAUCAGCCAGUAGCCAGAAGUAUAGUACUAUGUCCCCAGCCCCCACCCCCAAAAAAAUCUGUAGUACUCCUGUCUAGUGGCUGAUCAAAUUUUAAUUUUUUUUUAAAAAAAUAAAAUGCUCAAGAACUAUUAGCUUUAUAAAGUAUACAAAAAAAAGCGCAAAAAGGAACAAUUUCUCAUUGAGGUACUAAAUGCCUGAGGUAGUUUAGUAAAAUGCAUAUUUAUCUUUUUAUGCUCUGGCCAACACCAUGCAACACUUCCCUUAGGUUAUUCAUGGCAGUGUUAUGUAAAAAUGCAACCAAAUUUUUAAAAAAAUGCCACUUGUUUAACAUUGGGACUAACACUUAAACUCUUGUCAAUACCCUUUGCUCCAUCCCUGCCCCAUCCCAAAUCCCACCCUCCAAUUGUGUUUCGUCUUUUACAACUGGACCUAUCCGAGCAAUGCCUUUUCUUUUUUUUUUUUUUUUCUUUUUUUUUUAAACCAGUGAACUCAGAAGAGGAAGCUUCAUUAAACCAAGUUCUAAAAUUGCUGGGGAA